GAUAUGCUAUUGUUGCACCGCUCUACCUCGAGCUCCGGCUACUCUGUGGUGUUUGGGAGGCUGCGGAAUGAGGGGAAGUGAUUACGUCACGCUUGUGCUGUAGCGUCGGGCAAGAUGGCGGAGAAGAAGGGGCGAACAGGAGGAGGUGAUACGGAGAGACCAGAAGAAGAGGCAGAAAAAACAGUGAACACUAAGACUGUUUCUUCCAGCAAUGGAGGAGAGAACUCAAGCCGCAGCGCAGAGAAAAGGGCAGCUGAGGACUCCAAGAAUGAUCCCUGUCCGUCGAAGGUUUCGAAAAUUGGGUUUGCAAUAGGAAGUCAGAGUCUGAAGAAAUCACAACCCAUUUCAAUCAAACUUGGAGCCAGUAAACCUAAGGAGGCUGCACCAGCCGUGGUUAAGAAAAAAUGUUCAGUGGCAUCAGUAUUUAAUGAUGACGAUGAUAGUGAGCCUGAAGAAAUGCCCCCAGAGGCAAAAAUGCGAAUGAAAAACAUUGGAAGGGAUACACCUACAUCUGCCGGCCCAAACUCAUUCAACAAAGGAAAGCAUGGAUUUUCAGACAGUCAGAAACUGUGGGAACGGAAUAUGAAAGCAAAGUUGGAUCACAAAACUGAUGAUUGAAGCUUUUUUUGUUGUGUUUGUGUGUGGGGUGGUAGGAAGGGAGGCAGUGGCCGAUUUUGGUGGGUAAUGCUAUGAAUUUUUUUUCUUUUUUUAAAUGGUUGGAUACAUUUAAAAUUGUUUUUUUUAAUGAUCAUAGAGCACACAAAUAAAUAUGCUAAAAUAC